ACGAACUAGCCACAAAUCGGUGAAAUUACAACACGAAAACAAUGUGGAUCUGUACACAGUGAUAUAAUGUGCGACUUAUAGGAAAUCCAAACUUUGAUAGACUCUUUGACCGAUACUUAAAGUUUAAACUGGCGAUAGAUUGUUGGUGUUGGUUAGUAUUGGAUUAGUAGUUUUUUCAUGUGCUCCCCACUUGAAAAAUGCAUGAUGACAGCAGCGAAAAUACGCUAGUUGCGGGUCAACCGCAGUCGCACACUGACCAUGCAAUAGCUGGAGCCGUUAGUGGUUUUGUCACCCGUUUCACCUGUCAACCCCUGGAUGUCAUCAAAAUCAGAUUUCAGCUUCAGGUUGAGCCCAUAGCGCACCAUCAUGUGAGCAAAUACCAGUCCAUACCCCAAGCCUUUGCUCUCAUUGUGAAAGAAGAAGGAAUCUCUGCAUUAUGGAAAGGCCAUGUCCCUGCUCAACUACUUUCUGUUGUUUAUGGCAUGGGAAAGUUUUCUUCGUACAAUGCACUGAGUAAAUUGGCAAACGAAUACACUUUUCACGAUCGAUGGCAGCAUAUGAUGCAUUUUGUUGCCGGAGCAGGGGCUGGUGUUUUUGCAACUAUCCUCUCUUUUCCAUUUGAUACUGUAAGAACAAGAUUAGUUGCUCAGUCUUCCAAUCACCGUGUGUAUCAAGGGAUAUUACACUGCGGCAUGGAAAUACUGAGGACUGAAACACUGAGGACAUUUUUUCGUGGGCUUUCGCCAACCCUUCUGCAAAUUGCCCCUCAUUCCGGACUACAAUUUGCUUGCUAUGCUUUCUUUGUGGAUGUUUACAGGCAGUACACCAACAACUCAGAAACCACCUUUGGUGGUUCGAUGUUAGCUGGCAGUGCAGCUGGUCUAGUUGCCAAGACUGUCAUUUACCCGCUAGAUCUUUCUAGAAAAAGGUUACAGAUCCAGGGUUUCGAACACGGGAGAAAAGGCUUCGGAAAAUUCUUUCGCUGCAAUGGACUCAUCGAUUGCCUCGUAGUCAGUGCAAAGACAGAAGGACUGAGAGGUUUAUUUAAAGGACUUUGGGCCAGCCAGCUGAAGGCUGCUGCUACAACUGCCCUACAUUUCACAGCAUAUGAGCAGGCUUUAAUCCUCCUUAAAUCUUUACGAUAAUUCCUCACCAUGAAAUUGCAAAGGAGGAACUGAAAAAGUAAUUCGAAAGUUUCGCAAAUUUCUAGUCAGAUAAGGUAUUUGAGUCUUGCAGAUUUUCAUACUUGCUAUCACGUUAUUCAUUUUUUUGCCUAAUUUCUACUUUCUGGUGAUUUGCAUCUGAAAAGCAGCUUGAGACUCUGGUAUUACACGGGUUUUAUUUUAUUUUGUACCAUCAUAGAUAGUGGUACUAUGCUUUUCCUAAUUUACGCUUUUGAUGAUGCAACUCCUUUUAAGCUUAGAUUAUAUUACGUAAUAAUAUUUCGAAUCUUGACUAGGAAUCUCAGAACUGUUGACUAGGCAUAUCCAAUUAUAUUUGCAACAUUUUAUAUCGGGAAACUUUGCUAUCGAAAAAAUUGUUUGCAACGGAUGCCAGAGAUAGCUGUCAAAUAACCAAGAUUUCUCUUUUUUUUUUCAAUAAUCCUUUAUUACGAUUAGUCAUUUAGUACAUAAUGUUAGCAUGCCGUAUGCUUAAAAUAGGCGAACUCAAGUGCUGAACACAGGCUGUACAUAACCAAGCAUGCACUACCCAAGAUGUACGCACUACGUACACAACUGAAAUAAAUAGCUACGACUAAAAAAUCA